AUGUCUCAAAGUACAUCUCAAAGAAUUCUUAAGUGUACUGUGUGUGGCGGCGACCACUCUAUUUUUCAUUGCGAGAAUAAGUGUGGCGUUUGCCAUGGCGAUAAUAGGCACUGUUCUUGUUCUGAACGCCCACAGCAGAAAAGAAAGAAGAGCGCAAAGUCAUCUGCCUCCGCUGAAACCUCGCACGACGACCUGAGGAAGAUGUAUGAGACACUUCAGAAGGACUUCAAAAGAGUCGGGCAGGCCUUCCAAAACCAAAAAGAGCAGAACCAGGAGCUCAAAGAACAGUUGGCGGAACGCGAGAAAGAGGCCGAAGAGUUAGCGAACCUUGUGAGAACCAGAGAUGAGGUCGUUAAAAACCUUGAGCGGCGCCUCGUGAAUGCCAAGAAGCUCAUCGCCGAACUGAGAGCGGAGAUGCAAGAAUUACAACGCAGAGGCCAACCCGCGCCACAAGAAGACCAGCCAACGCAGCAACCUCAGCAGACUGACUCUCGCGUCAGCGCCCACAGCCUGGCCAGCAUACAUGACUGGUAUGACCAGGUUCUCCAGUGUAUGAGAGAAAACAAAUGCAGUAUGGCCUGUGCCUUCCGUCUUGCGAGCUGUCCUCGGAGCACACUCAGAGACUUCGUUGCCAUAGCCGAACUUAAGAAGGUGGACUCCAGAGAACUAGACCUCGUCCUCCGUGACCAAGUGGGUUCCGUGCGUGCUCUCGAGGUUGUCUGCCGAAAACGACUCCGGCGCUACAUCCCAGUGAUGAACAACAUGAGGAGGGAGGGGCAGCUGUUGCCAUUUAAGUUUGAUCCGCGCUUCUACGAGUGAAGUAUCUGGCAUAUUUCACCUCACACAAAACGGCUCCUUUAGGAGCCACCAACACUAUGAAAGUCAAUGACCAACAAUAAAGUUAAAAUAAAUAAUGAAAUACAGUACAGUCCCAAUUCCUCAAACCCUCAAAUAAACACAAAAGUAAAUGACCGGCAAUGAGUAAAAAAAAAUACGUAUAAAUACCCGUUCAAGACUUGACUCUCAGAUAAAUUCGAGAGGGACUGGGGACAUAGUUUACCUUUCCAACAUGGCGGAAAGAAAAUUCAAAGCUGCAAUUGCGUAAAUUCUCUGGUUAGUUUCGGCUUCCGUGGCGCUAGUCUUGAGCAGCGAUUACCAAAACUAGGAAGAAAAGGCUAUUCUUGUCAAUGUAUUACACAUUUUGGAUGUUUAUGAAGCGAAAACCGAGAGAAAACAUUCAAGUUUGUCAUAACGUUUCACCAACAAGCUACCGACAGGUUACCGACAUCUUACCGACACAUUACCAACUGUCGGUCGACUGUUGGUCAACUGUCGGCCGACAGGUAGCCUAUAUUUCGGACAAAAUCUGUUGGCCGUCUGUUGGCCGACUGUUGGUCGACACACCGCCAACAGUCGGCCGACUGUCGGUCGACAGACGGCCGACAGUUGACCGACAGUCGACCGACAGGUUUUUUGGGGAGGUCUUC